GACCCAGCAGGACCCAGCAGGACCCAGCAGGACCACACCAGGACCCAGCAGGACCCAGCAGGACCACACCAGGAUCCAGCAGGACCACACCAGGACCUAGCAGAACCCAGCAGGACCACACCAGGACCCAGCAGGACCACACCAGGACCCAGCAGGACCACACCAGGACCCAGCAGGACCCAGCAGGACCACACCAGGACCCACCAGCCCCCCUGGCCCAGAUGUUGUCUCCCCCCACACGCCGGCUCCUGGCCCUGCUGGGCCCUGAGAGCGGGCGCUGGAUGCUGGUGGUGGGGCUGAUGUUUGCUUCUGCCCUCGGUGAGGUGGCUGCCCCAUACUUCACAGGACAAGUCACCGACCAGGUGAUACAGAAGGAUGCAACAGCGGUCGUGUGGCCCCUUGUGCUGCUGGGGCUCAGCAGUGCCAUCACUGAGCUGGCCUGUGACAGCCUGGCAGCAGUGGCGCUGACACGGGCACGGGACCGGCUCCAGCGCGGUGCGGUGGCUGCAGUGCUGCGUGGGGAUGUGCCCGGGCCGGGGGGCACCCUGGGGGACACGCCAGGCGCGGUGGCCGAGCGGGUGACAGGGGACUCUGAGGCGGCGCACUCAGCGCUGGCCGAUGUGCUGGUGCCGGGGCUGUGGGCGUUAACACGGGCUGGGUCACUGCUAGCCAUGGUGGCCUGGCUGUCCCCGGUGCUGGCCCUGCUCACCCUUCUGGCGCUGCCCCUCCUCCUGCUGCUGCCACACGCCGUCGGGUGCAUCCAACAGGAUCUGGCACGGCAGGUGCGGAUGGCACAAGCCCGCACCACUGCACUGGCCCUGGAGUCACUGGGGGCCAUAGGGACCAUCCGGGCCUUCGGGCACGAGGCCGGUGCCACCACACGCGUCCGGCAGCGCCUCGCCCAGGGACAUCAGUUGGAGCAGAGGGAGGCGCUGGCCUAUGCGGCUGGGUGCUGGGCCAGCGGG